AUACAUACAUAUGUAAACUUUCAGAAAAUGUACGUGUCUUAUUCGGCUUAAGCCCUCGUCGGCAGUAGUCAGCAAGCUUUAUUCGUGUUCAGAGCAACUAAAGGAAACCAGCCGCAUUUAUAUACAUAACUAAGAUGAUUGGCUACAAAAGUAUUAUGACCGCGUUAUUGGCGAUCCUAGCAGUAGCUCCUUCAGCGCCUGCUCCUCAACAAAACUUAAACGCUCAGAAAAACAUUGAAGAAAUAUUUAACACUAAAACUAACAGUCUUGCGUCACAAAUCAGCGGAAUUGGAUUAGUCGUUACACCUGAGCCUUUAGAUGACGUAAGCACACAGAAAGUCUUUAACUCAAUUAGUGGCAAAAGUACAUCUUGCAAUUGUGUACCUUAUUAUAUGUGCGACCCGUCAACGAAUAGUGUGACUGAGGACGGGUCAUUUGAUGGAUUUGGUGUGAUUGAUAUUCGAUUUAACGCCGAUGAUCCGGUAUGUCCUGCAUCGGUAGACGUGUGUUGUGCGGAUAAUAAGACGCGUAAUGUAACCUUAAAUCCCACACCUUUAAAUCAAAGACCAAACCAACCACGAGGCUGCGGUGUUCGCAACACAGGUGGAUUAGAUUUUGCUCUUUCUGGGGUGACGCAAAAUGAAGCUGGGUUUGGCGAGUUUCCAUGGACAGUAGCUUUAUUACACUUCGGAAACCUAAGCUAUUUCUGUGCUGGAUCACUAAUACAUCAAAGAGUGGUUUUGACUGCGGUACACUGUGUUGAAGCGCAUGGACCAGGAACUUUUAUUGUCCGUGCAGGAGAGUGGGAUACACAAACAACGAAAGAGCGUCUACCCUAUCAAGAAAGAACAGUGCAAACGGUCAUUAAACAUCCACAAUACAAGAGCAGAAACAUAGCUAAUGAUUUUGCUCUUAUAGUUUUAAGUGAGCGCGUUGUUUUGGAUGAUCACAUUAAUGUCAUAUGUUUACCACAGCAAGAAGCUAUUCCAGAACCAUCUACCACAUGUUUUUCCACAGGCUGGGGCAAGGAUGUUUUCGGUUCUUUUGGAAAAUAUAGUGUCAUAAUGAAACGUGUGCCCUUGCCUAUUGUGGCAUUUAAUACUUGUCAAUCGCGGCUUAAAAGUACUCGACUUGGACCCAAAUUUACCUUGGAUAGGUCAUUUAUAUGCGCAGGUGGGCAGCGUGGAAUUGAUACAUGCCAAGGUGACGGUGGAGCUCCAUUAGCGUGUCCAAUCGGGAUUACAUCAGAAAACCGAUAUCAGCAGAGUGGUAUAGUUGCUUGGGGAAUUGGUUGCAAUGAUGAAGUGCCAGCAGCUUAUGCCAAUACAGCUUUGGCACGAGAUUGGAUUGACCAGCAAAUGAUAGCCAAUGGCUUCGGAACUGAUGCUUACACUGCAUAAAUGGUGAUUCCAGCAGACAAACAAAUUUUAAAUAAAAUAUUUAAGUAUAUUUACUUACAAAUACAAUUUUUUAUAUACGAUACUUAUAAAACGAUUGAAUAAACAAUAUAUUUUAUGAAUAAAGCCAACGAUAACGGAUUCAUAAGUCACAUCCCUAGAUGAAAUUCCCCAAAUGCCAUUUAUUUGUUUUGUUUAGGCGUGCUGGCAACAUCGAUCUCGUGAUAAUGGAAUUUAAUAAUCCAUUUUUGAAAUUCAAUCUCAACGAUACGUGUGAAAUGUCGUAAAAUAUUCAAAGAUUAAUAUCUUAGAGGAACACGUUCGAUUGUAUUUGAGAAUGAUGUGUCCUGUAAUUGUUAAACUAAUUAAGAAUUUAAAAAACCCCAAUAAAAGUGUGCGAAUACUUUCAAACACACAUUUUGGUUUCCGACCCAGAACGUGAAUUAUCUAAGAUUUUUUCAUUUCCACAAAUGGCUCAUAAAUAUGUCUUAAGCAGGACACAAUAUCUACCCGAGCAUGCGCACCUUUCCAUUAC